GGCAGCAGGAGGCUGAAGUGUUGUCCCCAGGGGAGAGAGCUUGUUGUAGCAACGGUGACCAGGGAGGUUUGGCCAGCGGGACAUUUAAACGCAGGGCUGGCGACAGGAGCUGAGCGGCCGGGAGGAGUGAGGUGGGGACGGGCAGAGGCACACAGAGGGGGCAGAGCGGCCCCCGGCCAUCGCAGCUCUAGGCAGGACAGCCGCCCCCACUGACCAGGGGCAGGGGACCAGCUACUUGUGGGCUUCUUUAAUUCACUGGGGACGAGCUCCUGGGCAGCAGGGUGGUUCCUGGCCCUGGCAGCAGAGCCCACGGCCAGGAUCGUCCGCGAUGGCCAGCCCUGAGGGCGCCAGCCCCCACCCAGGGAACCGGGGCACCCGCCCGCCGGCGGGGCUCACCUUCUCCCCCGAGCUGGGGCCGUCAACGCUCGGCGACUUGUGCAGGAACAUGGGGCAUCUCAGCUGCGUGGAGAGCAUCACCCCGAGGAGAAGGCUGAGGCUGUCCCCAGAUGCCCUGACUCCAAGCCCUGCUGGCUCCAAGGCGCCGGCUCCCGCAGGGACACCCACACCCACAGGUGGUGCACCGGAGCCCUCGCUCAGCCCCCAGGCCUGCAGCAUCAGCAUCAGCGAGGGCAGCUGCAGACAGACGCCCUGGGGUUGCAGCCUGCCCCGCUCCAGCAAGCGGCUGCGAGGAGCCAUCGAGGGGCCAGGGGAAGGAAGUGCCAGUCCUCAGGGCAUGGGCGAGGGCAGCUCUGGCCUCUCUCCUGCUCUAGCCCCUGGGACAGACGGCGAGAUCCUGACCGGAGAUUUUUCCAGGCCCUGCUCUCUGCCAGUGGAGGAUGGCCUGCACCGGGAUCUGCGUUACGUCAGCCCCGCCACAGUGGCUUCCCUGCUGCGCGGCCAGUUGGCUGGGGUGGUGGAGGAGUACGUGGUGGUGGACUGUCGCUAUCCCUACGAAUACGCUGGGGGACACAUCAAGGGUGCCCUGAAUCUGUACCGAGAAGAGCAGGUGGCAAGGUGGUUCCUGCCGGAUCCCUUGGGCACGACCCCGAGCCCCCGCAGCAGCACCCUGAUCUUCCACUGCGAGUUCUCCUCUGAAGAGAGGCCCCCGCUGUGCCGCAGCCUGAGGAGAAUGGACCGAGACGCCAACCGGUACCCGGAGCUCUGGUACCCAGAGCUGUACGUGCUGCGUGGUGGCUACAAGGAGUUUUACCAACACUUCCAGGAUCUCUGCGAGCCCCAGGGCUACAUCCACAUGCGGCACAAGGACUUCCGAGCCGAGCUUAGGAACUACCAGCGGAGGAAACAGCCUUGGAGCCUGCGCAGGAUCCGCAAAGAGCUUUUCAAGCCCCUGUCCCCAGGGACUCCCUUGCAAUAGCAACCCAGAGCCCAUCCCUGACUCACAGCGAGGGACCCACUAGCCCCACCCCUCGCUUCUGAAAUAGAGCUGUCCCUUUCCUGUUUGGCAAGUCAGACCUUCCCUGGCUGGCUGCCUCUGGAGCUCCAGCAAUCCCAGCUGUAAUUUAAGACUCUAGCCCAGGGGUUCUCAAACUGGGGGUCGGGACGCCUCAGUGGGUCGCAAGGUUAUUACGGGGGGAUCAUGAGCUGCCAGCCUCCACCCCAAACCCCACUAAGCCUCCAGCAUUCAUAAUGGUGUUAAAUAUAUAAAAAAGUGUUUUUAAUUUAGAAGGGGGGUCGCACUCAGAGGCUUGCUGUGUGAAAGGGGUCACCAGUACAAAAGUUUGAGAACCACUGCUCUAGCCCUUAUGGUUGCAAAGAAAACCUUCAAAAUA